UUUUGAAAAUCGGAAUCAACUCGCAUUACUAAAAACCGAACCAAACCAUUCUGUUAAAUCGGUUUGUACUGAAUUCACGGUUUAUCAUUUUUUUCCCCUCUGCCCCAAGAUAAUUCCUCCUCCCUCGUUGUCAUGAUCAUUUAUUUUUUUGAUUUUCCAUUGUCAUGAUCAUGAUGCCACAACAAAAGGUGAUUUAUAAGUAUUGAAAUGGUGUCGGUGCAAAUUUACCCAAAUAAAUAAGGCAACCACCAUUAUUUCCGAUUCGGGUGGGAUUCAAGAUCGGUAACCGGACAAGAUCCGAAAACUCGUCAACCAAAAAUUUUCCCCACCCCCUCUGCUUUCUCAUGCUUUUCCUCUAAUCCUGUAUAGUGUAUACCACUUCCCCCCCGCACCCUCUCUCCCUCGAUCCACGGUUUAGAUCUUUGAGUAAUUUCUCCUCAAACUUCACGUGGAUCGAAGUAGAUCCAAAAUCUCGAUUUCUUGAUCUGGGUUUCGUUGUAUUUGUGUCUUGGAUCCGUUCACUGUUCACACAGCAGAGGUUGGAAUUCAGUAUCAUGGGUUUGCUCUCAAACCCUCGUGCCAAGAAGGGUCGCCGUUCUCUUUACCUGACCCUCUUCUUCUUUUCUUGUUUCAUUGCUCUCUUGGUCGUACCCUGCGUUUCUGCUCAAGAAUUUGAGGAUGAUGCUAACAAGGAGGAGCCGAAUGGGUCAAUUAAAGAUCUUGGCCGGCGCGGCAAAAUGGUUCUGGGCAAGCUUGCUGAUUCGGAUUCCGUUGAUCUUAGUCUUGGUGUAGAUUCCGAAGGCCUCGGAGUUUUUGAUGCAUUCUUUGCAAGUCUGUCGAUCAUUCUUGUCAGUGAGAUUGGAGACGAAACUUUUAUAAUAGCGGCUCUUAUGGCGAUGCGUCACCCUAAAUCAAUUGUUUUAUCUGGUGCCCUCGGUGCUUUGUUUGUAAUGACUGUACUUUCCACGGGGCUUGGUAGGAUUGUGCCAAAUUUGAUAUCAAGGAAGCAUACAAACAGUGCUGCUACAGUUCUUUAUGCAUUUUUUGGCCUGCGAUUACUUUACAUUGCUUGGAGAUCUGAUUCAAAAGGAUCUCAGAAAAAGGAAAUCGAGGAAGUGGAAGAGAAACUUGAAGCUGGACAAGGGAAAACAACUAUCCGCCGGUUCUUUUCUAGAUUUUGUACUCCCAUAUUCUUAGAGGCAUUUAUUUUAACUUUCCUAGCUGAGUGGGGGGAUCGGAGCCAGAUCGCGACAAUUGCUCUGGCUACGCACAAAAAUGCUGUUGGAGUUGCUGUGGGAGCUUGCCUAGGACACACAAUCUGCACGUCGGUGGCAGUGGUGGGAGGAAGCAUGCUUGCAUCAAAGAUCUCGCAGAAAACGGUUGCAACAGUCGGUGGCCUGCUUUUCCUCGGUUUUUCCUUAUCUUCGUAUUUUUAUCCUCCCUUGUAACCCUUUAAUUGUAGGCUAAACCGAUUCCUAGGAGCAGCUGUGCUUCUCCCUUCAAUUUUUUUUUCUUUUCCCCAUCUUGUUUCUGAUAUGUUCACCAAGAAAAGAAAACUAGCCCAUUGAUUUUUGUAUCAUAUUGGCGUAUGGAAAUAUGUUUAUGGUUUACCCUUUGCUGGCAAA